AUGUCACCCAGUGCACACGUAAUCCAGUGCAAACGUCAUCCAGUGCACACUUCACCCGGGGCACACGUCAUCCAGUGCUCAUUUCACCCAGUGCACACUUCAUCCAGUGCACACGUCACCCAGUGCACACGUCAUCCGGUGCACACUUCACCCGGUGCUCACUUCACCCAGUGCACACUUCAUCUGGUGCACACCUCACCCAGUGCACACGUCACCCAGUGCUCACUUCACCCAGUGCAUAUUCCCCCAGUGCACACUUCAUCCAGUGCACACGUCAUCCAGUGCACACGUCAUCAAGUGCACACUUCACCCAGUGCACACGUCAUCCAGUGCACACGUCACCCAGUGCACACGUCAUCCAGUGCACACGUCACCCAGUGCACACUUCAUCCAGUGCUCAUUUCACCCAGUGCACACUUCAUUCACUCUGUCAACUUGCUAACCGAGGGGCGUACUAUGGGAAGUACAGUAUCUGGUACUACAGUUAGUACAGUACCUGGUACUACAGGUAGUACAGUAUCUGGUACUACGGGUAGUACAGUAUCUGGUACUACGGGUAGUACAGUAUCUGGUACUACGGGUAGUACAGUAUCUGGUACUACGGGUAGUACAGUAUCUGGUACUACGGGUAGUACAGUAUCUGGUACUCCGGGUAGUACAGUAUCUGGUACUACGGGUAGUACAGUAUCUGGUACUCCGGGUAGUACAGUAUCUGGUACUACGGGUAGUACAGUAUCUGGUACUAUGGGUAGUACAGUAUCUGGUACUCCGGGUAGUACAGUAUCUGGUACUACGGGUAGUACAGUAUCUGGUACUCCGGGUAGUACAGUAUCUGGUACUCCGGGUAGUACAGUAUCUGGUACUCCGGGUAGUACAGUAUCUGGUACUACGGGUAGUACAGUAUCUGGUACUACGUGUAGAACAGUAUCUGGUACUACGGGUCGUACAGUAUCUGGUACUACGUGUAGAACAGUAUCUGGUACUAUGGGUAGUACAGUAUCUGAUACUACGGGUAGUACAGUAUCUGGUACUCCGGGUAGUACAGUAUCUGGUACUACGGGUAGUACAGUAUCUGGUACUACGGGUAGUUCAGUAUCUGGUACUACGUGUAGUACAGUAUCUGGUACUCCGGGUAGUACAGUAUCUGGUACUACGGGUAGUACAGUAUCUGGUACUACGGGUAGUACAGUAUCUGGUACUACGGGUAGUACAGUAUCUGAUACUACGGGUAGUACAGUAUCUGGUACUCCGGGUAGUACAGUAUCUGGUACUACGGGUAGUACAGUAUCUGGUACUACGGGUAGUUCAGUAUCUGGUACUACGUGUAGUACAGUAUCUGGUACUACAGGUAGUACAGUAUCUGGUACUACGGGUAGUUCAGUAUCUGGUACUACGGGUAGUUCAGUAUCUGGUACUACGGGUAGUUCAGUAUCUGGUACUACGGGUAGUACAGUAUCUGGUACUACGGGUAGUACAGUAUCUGGUACUCCGGGUAGUACAGUAUCUGGUACUACGGGUAGUACAGUAUCUGGUACUACGGGUAGUUCAGUAUCUGGUACUACGUGUAGUACAGUAUCUGGUACUACGGGUAGUACAGUAUCUGGUACUACGGGUAGUACAGUAUCUGGUACUACGGGUAGUACAGUAUCUGGUACUACGGGUAGUUCAGUAUCUGGUACUACGGGUAGUACAGUAUCUGGUACUACGGGUAGUACAGUAUCUGGUACUACGGGUAGUACAGUAUCUGAUACUACGGGUAGUACAGUAUCUGGUACUACGGGUAGUAUAGUAUCUGGUACUACGUGUAGUACAGUAUCUGAUACUACGGGCAGUUCAGUAUCUGGUACUACGUGUAGUACAGUAUCUGGUACUACAGGUAGUACAGUAUCUGGUACUACAGGAAAAAGUACAGUACCUGGCACUACAGGAAGUACAAUACCUGGUACUACAGGAAGUACAGUACGUGGCACUACAAGUGGUACAGUACCUAGUACUACAGGAAGUACAGUACCUGGUACUACAGGAAGUACAGUAUCUGGUACUACAGAAGUAGAGUACCUGGCACUACAAGAGGUACAGUACCUUGUACUACAGGAAGGACAGUAUCUGGUACUACAGGUUGUACAGUACCUGGCACUACAGGAAGGACAGUAUCUGGUACUACAGGUUGUACAGCACCUGGCACUCCCUGUACAAUCUUCUGGACUGGCUACAGCAGCUGACUCACUCGUGGUAAACAGUCAGGUCUCGUCUGAAAAAUUUCGCAGAAACUUUGAACCCUCUCAUCCUGUGUCACUGUUUGAUGGCAGAACCCUCUCAUCCUGGUCACUGUAUGCUGUCAGAUCCCUCUCAUCCUGGUCACUGUAUGCUGUCAGAUCCCUCUCAUCCUGGUCACUGUUUGAUGGCAGAACCCUCUCAUCCUGUGUCACUGUUUCAUGGCAGAACCCUCUCAUCCUGUGUCACUGUUUCAUGGCAGAACCCUCUCAUCCUGGUCACUGUUUCAUGGCAGAACCCUCUCAUCCUGGUCACUGUUUCAUGGCAGAACCCUCUCAUCCUGUGUCACUGUUUCAUGGCAGAACCCUCUCAUCCUGUGUCACUGUUUCAUGGCAGAACCCUCUCGUCCUGGUCACUGUUUGA